CUGUGGGCACAGCUCACUCCCUGGGGAGUUUGACUUCAUUAUUUUCAGCAAACUGAGCAGGGAAUGUGGGGAAGAAAAAGGCAAAUCUUUUCUUAGUCAUCAAGACAACAAAUGUCUGGUGUUGCUGUGAAGUGUUUAUGAAGAGUUAUGUGCAUCUUUCAUUUGUGAAAAUAAAAAUUAUUACUUUUCUGAAGGUAGAGCAGCCCCACCACAUGGCAGGGCUCAAAUGAGCUGUGUGUCUUAGGUGGUUUGCCGUGUCAUUCUCAGGGGUGAAGGAGGGGCAGGGGUGAAGUGGUCCAACCCCAAGGUGUGAGGGGCAGCACUGUGGUGGCAGGGAGCUGUAGCUGUGCUCCCUGUUCUGCUUGGCAUACAUGUGAACUUUAGAGAAGACCUUAUCCUGCUCUGCCUUGGCCAGGUCUGUCUGAGUCCCCUCUGCCUCUGCCUGGGCAGAACAGGCCUUUGAGGGGGCUUUGAAGAGCCCUGUGAGUCAAACUGGUCCUUAUUGUGGUUCUGUGCCCUGAGGCUGCUGCUCUGACUGGUCAGAAGAGGAGCAAAUACCUGAUGGAAGGAAAAGUUAUUCUCUAAAGUCAUUCAAGAUGUAGUCAACCAGUUCUUUGGAAAAGUGUUCUCAAUUAUAAUUUUCUAAUCUUAAAAUUGAAAUAGAAUUUUGUAAAUCUGACUGAAGCCAUUUCUUCUCUGUCUCUCUCUGUGUGUGUGUGUGUGUAAGAGUAGUCACAAGAACACAGAGAGAGUGCUUUUUGAGCUAGAACAUAGGAUGGGCACACCCCUAUCUAUGGAUAAAUUAUUCUAUGAAAUGAGAAGACUUUGGCUUUCAGCGGAGUGAAAACAAAAACAGAUUCCAGUGGGAUCAGCUGAGAUGAAGGGAGGAAAGUAGCAGGAGGAAAUCAAGGCAGUUUGCAAAUGAAGGUCAUAAUGUUUAUAAAUGGAAUUUCACAACCUGUUUGUGAUAGCAAAAUCUGGACUCUGUGAUACACGAUUUCUCCUCUUGUCAUGUUUUUUAUGCUGGUUAUAAGCAGCCAGCUACAUGCUGGACUUGGGCACACUCCUGACUAAUGUGUAAGCCAGGGAUUUUACUGCCCUUUAAUUCCCCCUUGAGAAGCAUGACCUCAGUGUUUUCUGCGACCGAGGCUUCCAUCUCAGUUUUUCCAAAUUAUCCUCUCUGUGGUGAAAACCCUGCAGUGCCUGUGUCACCCAUUUAUGAUGUUUGGCCACACUGCAGCAGAAAUCCAGUGGUUAACUUUGCAGAAUUAUCACACUGCUGGUGAUGGCUGAUACUGCAUCACAUCAAGCCCAGACACCCAUCCGGAGCUCAGCGCUUCCCAAGCUCACCAGGCCAGAGGGAUUCACUGCUUGCACAGAGGGACCAAGCCUUGCAGAAAGAAACAAAGUGUGCAGACAUGGACCACGGGCUUGGUGCUGCCUGGGAUGGAGCUAGGAAAGUGUUGUGUGAACAACUUUCAUUCAGCACCUGCUCAUCUGUGCUGGAGGCUGCAGGGUGGACGUGGCCUCUGCCCCCUCUGCAGCUGGUAAAAUUCUAAAGGAUUGAAUUAAACCUCAUUUCGGGUGAAAUCCAGGAUAAACAUCCAUGCAACACAAUGUGGUGCUAACAUGGGAAAUUGUUCUGAUAGUAAAAGAUAAGGGGGAGAAAAAAGAAAAAAAAAAAAAAGAAAAAGCAUCAGAGUAGACAGAAGUACAGGUUUGAAAAUAAUAGUAAUGGCAAUUAAAAUAUGUGGUAAAUCUUUUCAACCUGAAGACAUAGUAAGAAAAGUUUUAAUUAGAAAUUAUUUAUUUUUGAAAGUCUAGGCAUUUAAAAAAAAUGAAGUAGCCACUUUCAGGGUUUGUAGCCCCUAAUUGCAUACUGGAAGCAGGUUUGACUGUGGUGCUAGCCCAGAUGUGACUGCUUCUGCUUUAUUUUGUUACAUCAAUGUAUUUUAGCUCAGACAGUAGCUGUUCCAAAGAUGAGAAAACAUUUCAAUAAUGAAAAAGAAUUUUAAUUUUCAUUUUUAGUCAAUGAAUUAAAAACAAGGAUUAGAUGUAAAAAAUGUUACAGAGUGCACUGUGAGGAAAACAGUCACUGACAAAAAUGUAAUGAUUUAGUUUAGAUGGAAAAAUACACCUGGUAACUGUUUUCCCCUUGAAGUUAUGACAUAUUUAAAGUAUGCUUUAUUUUAUUGAUGCUGUUUUUCAUUUUAAACCGAGUGCCAGAUUUCUCCCAGAGAAUUCCUGAAAUUUAUAAAGCUACGUAGAAAAGUAAAAAUCAAAGUUUCACUAGGUGAAGUUAUAACUAAUUAUCAUGUUUUCCUGCUGAACUAAUCAGUUUUAAAUUAACUGAACCCAGCGUGGAUUUCUUCCCCACAGCCUGAGAAGGCUCUUAUGCCUUAGGGAGGAGCUUCUCUCUGAAUCCUCUCCCAGAUCCUUGUUUCCAGUACCUCCAUGCCUUCUCCCACAUGGUUUCAGCCUCUGGCUCCUGGGGUGGCUCCUGCUGGGCAGGCAGUGGCUGGCAGGCUGGGAAGGGGAGCUGGUGGGUGGGAUGUGGUUCUGGCUCUGGGCUCAGCACGGAGGGGUUGUUUGGUCGGUUAAAUCUGGAUCUGACUGCAGUCACAAAGGGGGGACAGCCACCCUUACAUCUCUCGGGUGGGUAGAAGAACCAGACACAGCUUUUAACCAGGCAGCACCAGUAAUUUCAGCUUUGUGACAUGAGAUGCUUCAGUGCAAGCAAGCCAACAGUGGCUGAAGGUGUUUGGCUUGACAGAGGAGUGGUCACCCUGUAUGUUCUCCUGUGUCACCCUUGUUGGGCUUGGGCAGCUCUGGGUAUCCCUGACUGUGCUGCCCAUCACCUUCAGUCACUGGGUAGACCAGAAAUUUACGUGGUGCAGUUCUGGAGAACAUGAAGUUGCUUUUUGCUACUUUUGCACACUCAUUUCUGAAUUACCUUGACAAUAAACGUAAGUGAAAUUGAAACCGCUUUCUGGAUCACCUGCUUCAAGGCACUGUCCUGACUGCUUUCAAAAAAACAAUCUGCUUCUUUGAAAAUAAAAGCCCUCACCAAAAUAGCAAGUAACAGGAAAAGAGUAGUCAGGCAUCAUUAGAACUGAUGAGUGACAGAAUUUCAGAAUUUAUGUCCGUAUGCACACAGACAGACACAUAGUAGGAAAGAGGAAACUAUAAAAAAAAUCUGUUUCUAGAUACUUUGCAAACAGCAUGUUUUCUUAAAUCACUGGAUGAAAUUUGGCUAUACUUGUUAAGUUGCUAUGGCAUCUGGGCCCGUCCAGUAAAACUUGACAGAUAUUUAUCUGGGGCUGAGAAACCACACAGCAAAUUGAAAAUCCCCUUUGUGUCAUUUCCUGUGAGAUAAGUCUGAAGAACCAACUCACGCAUGCAGCCUGCGCACAGGCAGCCUGGCACAGCUCACCAAGUCAAGUGACACCUGUCUGACAUAAUAUUUGGAGAGUGACGAACAUCGCAUGGGACACUCUGGUGCUUUUAUAAUUAAGAGCACACCAGAAAAAUGCUUUAAUGCUGAGAGGAGGCUGGACAGUCUCCUCAGAGAGAGGACAGCUAACCUGCUGGUCUCUGCUGUGCACUAGGCAAAGGAUUGAGAUAAUUGCAUGUUCUUCCCUAAUGCUUGUGUUCUGUUGUUGCUAAUCUUUCCCUCCCUGAAGCUGAUGCCUGUGGGACACAGCUGGGAAGACAGGAGCAUCAGGCUUAAAGGAACAUAAGUGCUUGCUAAAAUGGCACUGGCCGGUUCAAUUUCUAGCAAAGCAGCACCACCACACUCCAGAAAAGUUUCUGCAGCAGGGGUGGAAGUGCACCAGAGCAAGAUGGAUUUUUUCUGCAAGCUGGGCUAUGGUAAGCAGGACAUCUGCAAAGUGCUGGAGAACCUGGGCCAAGAGGCCCUGGAGGACGAUGUGCUGAAAGAGCUGAUUCGGAUGGGGAGCAAACCUCAGGCUCUGGAGAACCAGGCUCAGCCUUCCCAGCUAAAGCUGGUAGCCCGUGGAUCGUGCGGCACCACAGCGGGGCUGAAGCGGCUUGGAGAAGAUGAAGGUGAUUCUUCUGAUUCCCUGAGGCCCAUUGUGAUCGACGGCAGCAAUGUCGCCAUGAGCCAUGGAAACAAGGAGGUGUUCUCCUGCUGGGGGAUCCAGCUGGCAGUGGAUUGGUUUCGAGAGAGGGGGCACACCUACAUCAAGGUUUUUGUCCCGCUCUGGAGAAAGGAGCCCCCUCGACAAGACAGCCCCAUUGCAGAUCAGCACAUCCUUGAGGAGCUGGAGAAGCAAUCCAUCCUGGUGUACACCCCCUCCCGGAAGGUGAAGGGCAAGCGGGUGGUUUGCUACGACGAUCGCUACAUAGUGAAAGUGGCUUACGAGAGGGACGGAGUCAUUGUUUCCAAUGACCACUACCGGGACCUCCAGAACGAAAACCCCGAGUGGAAAUGGUUCAUCGAGCAGCGACUACUCAUGUACUCCUUUGUCAGUAACAGGUUUAUGCCUCCCGACGAUCCAUUAGGCCGGCAUGGACCCACCUUAAGUAACUUCCUCAGCAAAAAGCCAGUGCUUCCUGAGAAAAAAUGGCAGCCUUGCCCUUAUGGUAAAAAAUGCACCUAUGGCAAUAAAUGCAAAUUUUACCAUCCAGAGAGACAACAUCAAGCUCAGCUUUCGGUUGCUGAUGAGCUCAGGGCCAAAACAAAGGCCCCGCUAGCCCUGGGGAAGGAGGAGGAGAGGUGUCAGUGCUCCCCGUGCGAUGCCUGCACGGAAACUCUGCGGGAAGCCAGAGGCUGCUCUGGGCCCUCCUGCUGCCCGGGCCGGUCCCAGGGCAGCUGCUCGGAGCAGACAUUCCGUGCCUGGGCCAGCAGUGCCGGCUCUGACCUGCGGCUGGAGCGGCGCUUGCCGCAGCCGGAGCCGCUCCUGGAGAGGAUGUCAGCAGUGUCCAUCCGUGAGGACACCUACGGCUGCAGCUGGUCCCGAUGCACCGCUCGGGACAGGGCGGUCGCGGACAGCCCCCAGCCCUGCUCCGCCCUCAGGCACAAACUGCUCUCGCUUCAUCCCCCUCAGGGCUUGGAGCGCCCCGGCUCUGCCAGGGGCCCUUUCCAGCGAGGAGCGCUCCCGGCCGUGCCAGGCGCGAUGUGCCCGGAGCGCCGCUGGGCUCAGGAGCGCCCAGGUGUGCACGGAGCGGGCCACGGGAGCCGCUCCUUCCCUCGCGGCGCUCAGCACAAACAGGCCCUGGAGAGCCAGCCCCCCCUUUUGCUGCAGCGCCCGGCUCUGUGCCCUGCCCGGCUGGCCCCGCUCGGCGAGCCCCAGCCCCAGCGCUGUGUGCCCAGCCAGCCCCCGGGGCAGCCCCCGCAGCUGGAGCGCAGCAACAGAAUGGGAUUGUUCCAGACAGCCCAUGCCUACCCCAAUGCCUCUUACAGGAACUACUGGCCCACCCCAGCUGCAAGGCCACCCUCUGCCCAGCAAAUAAACAUCCACAGGGAGCUGUGCUCCCCUUAUCCUUACAGUGGGAUGAGCCAGGUCAUGACUUUGUACCCCAGUAUCCAGGAUAAGGGGACUGGAGCUCCCCCCCUGUGAAGACAGGCUCAGGAAGUUGGGGCUGUUCAGCCUGGAGAAGUGUGCAUGGAGACCUCAUAAAAACCUUCCAGGAUCUGAAGAGAGCCUACAAGGAAGCCAGAGAGGGACACGUAAUCAGGAACUCCAGUGACAGUACACAGGGGGAUGGCUUCAAACUGAGACGGGGUCGGUUUAGAUUAGAUUUUAGGAUGAAAUUCUUAAUUGUGUGAGUGGUGAGACAGAGCUUGCACAGAGAAAUUGUGAAUGCCCCAUCCCUGGAAGUGUUUAAGGCAGGCUGGGUGGGACUCUGUGCAAUCUGGUCUGGUGAAAGGUGUCUCUGCCCAUGGCAGCAGGGGUGUUGGAACUGCAUGUUCUUUUGUGUUCCUUCCAACUCAAACAAUUCUGUGAUUCUAUGAUAUUGCCUGCUGGGCUUUAAUGAUUCAAAGACACAGAAACUUGUGAAACCUCCAGAGCAAACCAUUCCCAAUCAGCACAAGUCCCAGGGCAAGAAGAUGCGGAAGCUUAACUAACUGAGGCUUAUUCUGAGGCUUAACUACCUGUUUUUAGAGGGUGUUGUGGCAAGGAUUACAGUUGCUCCAGGAAUACAAGUAUAAGGAUCCAGUCUAGGCAAAGCUGUCAACCACGGCAGUGGGAUUGCAUUCCACCUCCCCUGAAAGGGAACAGGAGGGCUCAGGGUUAGUGGGCUGUCAGCAUUUGAAGCUCACUGGUGCCUGGAUUGAGGAUGGCACAGCUUUUCAUUAAUGCCCUGAAACACUGGAUGUGUUUUUAGAGUCCUAAGUUAUGGUUCGACUUCUGUAAAAGAGCUGUGCUUGCCCAGCCAGCACAGGAGGUGAUUUGGCCUGUUCCCCCAGCACAGGGCUGUGCUCUCUGCUGGAAGGCAGCUCUGGGUCCCUGUCAUCACCUGAUUCAAGCCCAACCUGCUGCCAGCGAGCUUUCAGAGCUACACCUCGUGCUUCUAAAGCCAUGCUGAGCGCACACAGAAGGGGCUGGAGGUGCACCAGAGCACCUGAAGGAAAACACAGGAAUAUUUCUCAGAAAAGGGACACACAGAGCAUAAAUAAAAUACAUCUUCAAUGUAAGUCCUGGUGUGGACUGAGGGCUUGGGGAUGGUAAUUAAAAAAAUCCAGAAGUCCAGAUGAUGCUAAAGAGGAAAAAAAGAAAAAAAGGUUGAAAGUGUCUCCUGUGUUGAACAAGGAAUCUAUUGUUGACUUAACUCUCAAUUACCAAAUGUGGCCCCAUGAUGCAAUUAUACAGAAAACCAUGUUCUGUUAGGACAUGUUUGAUUUUCAGUAAGCUGUAAAGCUGCUAAUCUCUGCAUUAUUCCACUGAAUGCUUCAGGUUCAAUCCAAUUAGUAAGGUUGAUCCUGAAGGCUUUUUGGCAUUAUACCAAAGUUUAAGUAUGUCAAUAUGACAUGUUUUAAAAAUGCUUUAACACAUUAUAAAAUGUUCAUCUAUAACACUUUGUUCUCAAGAACGUCUUAAUUUUCUGAGUUUUACUUACAUGGUGGGGUUUUUUUGUUAUUAUUUUGUUUAGGUUUUGGUUUUGUUUUCUUUUUCCCCCAGUCCCAGUCAUCUUAGAAGUGAUGCUUCAACAUUCAGGUUGGAUUUUCAAGCUCUCUGACCCUGCAGUAUCUCAUUUCUCUGAAGUGCAGGGUUGUUAGUUUCAUGAAGGAAUUAAACACAGUCCUCAAUGAGAAGUUGGAAUUCUGUUUCUUUUCCAAGAGUAGCAGUAAUUUACCCUUAGUGACAUUAUCACAUGAUGAAUUUUUUGAAAGCUGUGAUAGUUUGACUUGUUUCCCUCUGGAAACCACCACUAGCUUUUAGUUUUUUGGGGUUUUUUUUGAUGAUGGUGUUUGAAGAAUCUGCAGAAAAUAAGUAUACUGUGUCUGUUCAUUUUCUUGUGCCCCUGUGGUUGGCUCCAAGAAAUAGCAAUUUGAAUUUUGGAGGUAUGAUUUAUGUUCACAGAACAUGACUGUUUUUUCCAUAUGUCCUAUGGAUUGUCAGAAUGGCUUAUAAAUUUAUCCAGUACAUAUUACAUAAGGAUUAGAAGUUCCAACAAACCAGAAGUUAAAAUAAAACUAUGGAAAACAUUCUCUGUGACAUGCCUCAAAAAAUAUUGGAGACAAAGUGUGAUGCUGAGUGGAAAAAUACCUUCCACCCAAACAAAGCAAGUCCCAAAUGGCAGCAUCCAGAAAACACACGCACAGCAAUGGAGCAGGAUGUAACAGUACAUGUCAACAAUAAUUUUCAUGUCUGGCAUGUUACAUAUUUCAAUACACAAAGCAUUUAAGAAUCCAUGGAAAAAUUGGCACACUGCCUUUACAUGGUGCCCUUGGCUUGCUGGAUAUGUGCAUGAACUUUUCUCCUUUUCCUUUGAGGAUGCACAGGAAUUUGGUGGUUGUCCAAAACCCUCUCAAUGUUUAAUUUUUUUUUCCUUUUAAUUUCUGUAAUAUUUACUGAGGAAUCUUUUUGUAAAAUACAUAGAAUGUGCACUCUACUGAGAAAGUGUCUGAGAAAAUAAAUCAGACUUUGGUGCUAAACAGAA